UCGCCAGCGCCCCCCGCGCAUCGCUGAGCCCGACCGGGCGCCGGCCCUUUCCCAUGCGGGCUGCGAGGGCCCUGGGAGGGGCGCCCGGAGCCAGCCGCGCAGCAUGCACUGGGGGGUUGGCUUUGCCUCGUCCAGGCCGUGCGUGGUGGACCUGAGCUGGAACCAGAGCAUCUCUUUCUUCGGCUGGUGGGCCGGGUCCGAGGAGCCCUUCUCCUUUUAUGGGGACAUCAUCGCUUUCCCUUUGCAGGAUUACGGUGGGAUCAUGGCAGGGCUGGGCUCGGAUCCCUGGUGGAAGAAAACCCUUUAUUUGACCGGGGGAGCUCUGCUGGCCGCGGCUGCGUAUCUGCUCCACGAACUCCUGGUCAUUAGGAAACAGCAAGAGCUUGACUCCAAGGAUGCUAUUAUUUUACAUCAGUUCGCAAGACCUAAUAAUGGGGUCCCCAGCUUAUCUCCUUUCUGUCUGAAAAUGGAAACCUACUUAAGAAUGGCUGACCUACCCUAUCAGAACUAUUUUGGUGGAAAGCUCUCUGCUCAAGGGAAAAUGCCUUGGAUUGAAUAUAACAAUGAAAAAGUGUCUGGCACAGAAUUCAUAAUUGACUUUCUGGAAGAGAAACUUGGCGUGAACUUAAACAAAAACCUCGGCCCUCAUGAAAGAGCUGUCUCAAGAGCCGUCACCAAGAUGGUGGAAGAGCACUUCUACUGGACGUUAGCUUAUUGCCAGUGGGUGGACAAUCUCAAUGAGACCCGGAAGAUGCUGUCUCUUAGUGGUGGUGGUCCCUUCAGUAACCUGCUCAGGUGGGUCGUGUGCCACAUAACGAAAGGAAUUGUGAAACGGGAGAUGCACGGCCACGGCAUUGGCCGCUUCUCGGAGGAAGAGAUUUACAUGCUGAUGGAGAAGGACAUGCGGUCUUUAGCGGGGCUUCUGGGUGACAAGAAGUACAUCAUGGGACCCAAGCUUUCCACUCUUGAUGCCACUGUCUUUGGGCACUUGGCACAGGCAAUGUGGACUUUGCCAGGGACAAGGCCGGAGCGGCUAAUCAAAGGGGAGCUGAUCAACCUGGCCAUGUACUGUGAGAGGAUCAGGCGGAAGUUCUGGCCCGAGUGGCACCAGGAUGACGACAACACCAUCUACGAGUCCGAGGAGAGCAGCGAGGGCAGCAAGACUCACACACCCAUGCUGGAUUUCAGCUUCUACUCAAGGACAGAGACCUUCGAAGAUGAGGGGGCUGAGAACAGUUUUUCCAGGACGCCAGACACAGAUUUCACGGGACACUCUCUCUUUGAUUCGGACGUGGACAUGGAUGACUGCACAGACCAUGAACAGUGCAAGUGAUGUCCCGCCGCGGACCCCUCUUCCUUAGGAGCCACCACUCCCUGGGGUCGGUCUGGUUUCCCAGGUAGAAAUCCACCUGAGCUGGGAGGAGAUCUUCAAGCUUGGCUCCGUUUUAACAUGCUAACCGGACGAUAAGCCGCCUUAUUUCUUUUCUUUUUUGUACAAACAAAACACAGAACCAUUCAGAUGGCUCCGUUUAAAACAGACCAAACAAAUAUCAGCAUGGUACCUGAAAUCCAUUUUCGUUUUCAUUAGAAAACCAAUAUUGUGUGGGAGGGCAGGUACUCCAAUAUUGAGUGGGUUGUCACCUGAGUGUUGACACUGAUCCUUUUCAACUGAGGACUCCGUCGUCAGGUGGACUCUUGAGCAUCAGCCAUCUACCUGGGUGUCAUCAGAAAACAUGUAGGCGAUGAUGUCCUUUCGCUGCUGCCAUACUUUGUGUGUGUACUUGUAUGUGAGACAGAAGUCAGAUGAAGUCCGCCGAUAUUCAGUGGACAGACACCCGUUAUGCGUGCGGCGCUGAGUGGGGGUGCUAUGCAGCAGGAGUUUCGCUCUGACCCUGCCAAUGACUAGCUGGGUGAUUUGGGGCAGGUCCUUUAACUCUUGUGUGCCUCAUUUAUCCCACCUGUAAAGUGGGCGUGACAAUACUCUCCACCUACCUACCUCACAGGGGUGUUGUGGGGAUUCGCGCAGCCGCAUUAGUAUGGCGCUUUAAACCUCCCGGAAGUGGUGCAACACGAGCCAAUUUUGUUCUUCACUGGGCUUCAGACACGUUAGGAUCUGCGGGCAAAGUGACUUCCAUAGCUGGGCAACAAGCACAGUCACUCGCAAAGGCUGUGCAGACGAAACACACACAAAGCCAGUUAGGGCCGAGCCGUUCCUCUUUGUGGCUUGGCUGGAAGAACUUUGGAAGUAGCUUUGCAAAUCAUCAUCAGCUACAAUGUGGUCCUCAGCUCUGGGCCUUCACGGAACAGCGUUUCUUUCAUUGCCGAGUGCAUUGGCAUGUGGCUUCGCUGCCUCCCAAGUGCUAACGUGCCAGUGUUUAUUGAUUUGGAGAAGAUAAAGCUUAGGACCCUGGCAGGUUAACAGAGGUGAAGGAAAGUAUUUGACUGUUGUAGGCAGAAGCUUGUCGACUGUCAUGACUCUUUGAAGACAAAGAUGCAUUGGAAAGAGAAGCCCGAGGGUGUUCCUUGUGUCUGAGUCCCUUGCAGCUUCCUCAGUGCACCUUGUCAGGUGUCCCACUGUCGCUGGGUCAGAGUAGGACAGGACUGACACCAAAUCCUAGGGUUUCAUGAUUUCUCAUCCCUUCCCAUCAUCCCUCU